CCCCGUCAUCGCCGCAACACGGCGGAAAAGCAAACCGAUCGCCGAACGAGCCCGUCUCACGUCGCGCGCUUCUUGCACCGGUCCGCCACCAGAAAAGCGCAUUUUUCCCGGGAAAUAUCGGGCGCACCGCGGUGAAAACUCCGCCAAAGUGUUGCGAAACGUUGUGCGAACAACGUCCCGUGAAAUUCAGACUUCGAAACAGCCGGAAAAAGGUUCGAAAAGGGUUUCGCACACGGCGAGGCGUUCUGCGCUUCUUUUGAGCUGGCCGUCGUUCGUCGCAGCAUAGUGAUCGCGCGUCAAAAGUUACGGAAACCGCCCGAAACUUAAUAAAUUCAAGGAAUUGACACGAUAGUCUCAAGCCUAAACCCAUCUCAAGUCAUAACGACCAUGAGUUCGCCAUCGACGCGCAACAGGGAACGCAUCCUCGAAGCCAUAGACCAGCUGAGGAAUCGCAAAGCCAGACCCGAUUUCCAGCGCAUUUGCGGAUACUUGUUUCGCCGUUUUCACAUCAACUCCGGCGAUGCCAAGGCGGAUCUCGAAUGGUGCGUGGCCAACAACAUCGUGCUGAAAGUCGAGUACAAAGGCAGCAUCAGCUAUCGAAAUGCGGCUAAGAAAUGGGCCCAAGUGCGUCAUCGGGAGGCCCUACAGGGAGCUGCCGCGGCUCACAGCUCUCUACCCGUGGGGAAAAUGGCUUCGGUCAGCAAAAACUUCAUGGAUCUUCUCACUAACGUUAUCGGGGAGAUUAUUGUACAGGAGCCGGAUUAUUUAGAGCUUGGAGUCCCUCCCAGAGAGAUAGUUGACAGUAUUCUCAGCAAAGACAGCGUGAGAUACACGCGAAACUAUGUCGCAAUCCUCCUGGUCAAAGAGGUUGAAAGGGGCAACUUAAUUAAGCUGUCAAACGGGCAUUUCCUCUUAGGGCCCUGUGCCGACGAUAAACGGACAUGGCUGAGCCCGACAGAGCCGAAACUUCAACACCAAACUAGUCAGCACGCGCUGGUUCAAACCGACGAACCCUCUCCUGAAGUGAGAGUACAGAGUGCCACCACCAUUUCAACUCCUUCAAGUAGCGCAACAACAACACCAACGGCUUUGAAACCGAAAAAACGGAUGAUAGCAAAAGUGCAACAGGCUGCAGCGGAAAAGAGAAGGGAACAACCCUAUGAGGGGCGAAGGGUUGAUCACGCCAGUGUGAGAUUAGGAGGAAGGCGCAAGAAAGCCAAAAAAGUAUUUGACCCCUCCGACACACACAUUCCAAGGAAAAGAGGGCGACCUGCUGGUUCACUAAACCGAACUACCAUCGAGAAGAACAACAUCAAGAAAGACGAAGACUCAAGGCCUGACUCUAGGACGUCUACAGGAAGCAGAGACCAUGGAGGGGUAUGCUCAGUGUGUCACACUCAGAGCAAAAGGGGUCCUAGUGAUCGGAUGGUGGCAUGCAGGGAAUGUAGUAACAAAGCUCAUUAUAGUUGUUUAAACGGGGAUGAUAUGAUGCUCAAGAUGUAUCCGGACAAUACCUGGCAGUGUCCGCAUUGUAAGACUUGUGUUGUGUGCUAUGAAACAUCUGAUGCGGGAAAUCUUAUUGUUUGCAACGUCUGUGCUGACGGAUACCACGCCACCUGUCAUCAACCUCGAAUACUCGAAAAAAUUAAGAAUGGUCAGCGUUGGCUCUGUUCCAACUGUCAAGUUUCCGACGACAUUAAGCUCAACGACAUCCAGUCGAACAUUGGUGACAGUAUCAGUCAUAAGAUCAGCAUAAAUGACAGCGAACACGAUAAAUACAUGUCUCAGUCGAAUUCCGUUUCUGGGAGAUCGUCCCCCUAUGAUUCGCCACCCAAUAGCCCUACGCCGCCUAGAUUGAGUCCCCAAAACAACCCGAGACACGAUAUUUCAGAUAGAGACGCUCAUUCCGAUUCGAACAGUAUAAAAUCUGAGGAAGAUCUACACAUCGAUCCUUCUAUACCCGAUGCCACACACUGGACCCCUGACGAAGUGUAUCAGUACUUUGCGCAGUACUUUCCUGAGGAGGCCAAGGUCUUUAAAGAACAGGAAAUUGACGGUCGCUCUCUGCUACUUUUGAAGAGGAUGGACGUUUUGACGAGUCUGAACCUGAAACUUGGACCGGCUUUGAAAAUCUACAGACACGUGACGAUGCUUCAAGUGAGAAGAGAUGACAGAAGCUUAUAUUGGCUUUAAAUGCACCCUAAAUACCAUAUAUUUUGUAUAGUCAACUAUCCAACGGAGAAUAUAUGACAUUAAUGACAGUUAUCUGUCAUUUUUGGAUGCCAUCUGGCGAAAUAAUAUAUCCUAUGGUCGUUAUUUAUGUUAUUACCAGCUUGAUUGGUUGAUUUCUCAUCUCAUUUGUUACGUCACGAGGAUGGCGGGAAUCUGUAUAUUUGAAAAAAAAUAGAUAUUGACGUUAUUAAGAGCAUAUUAAAGACUUUUUAAAUAAUAUUUCAUAUAUUAAGAUCUACUAACGCCACUGUUAGUAUUUAUAAACUAUUUUUGUUUUGAAAUCUGCCUAUUUAGACUGUAAUUUCGGCAACCCUGUAAAUCUAACAGACAUUUUCGAAUAUUAACUGUUUUUAUAUUCGAAUUUGUGUUAUAAACGGUAGGUGCGUCUUAUUUUUUGUAUUAUUAACUUAUUUAAGAGAUAUAUUUAGAAUAAUUAAUUUUUAUUGUUAGCUAUUUUAUUAAAUAUUUAUUUGAAAUUAAA